AUGCCCAGAGCCAAAAGGAGUGUGUUGUUCUUAGAACAGCAAGAAGGACAGUGUCACUGGACUGGUGAAGAGGAAGAACGUGGAAAAUAUAAGAAGGCUAGAAAGCACAAAGAACCACAUAAAGACAGGCGCAAAACACCAACCAGAUUUUUGCCCAGGUUGUCAACGAUAAGUGCUAAGCCCCAAUGGCAACAGGCAGCUCCUUCAUUCCAUUUAAAAGUAGACCAGGAAGAAGAAAAAGAAGCGUAUACCCUCAAAAAUGAAAGAUCUCCUGGGGAAUUCAAAGAUCAUAUUGCAAGAAGAGGCAAAAAACGGCAACAACAAUUUGAUGAAGCUCAGCCUGGACCAUCUCCAAAAGGAAGGACCAAAAAUCCCCGUAAAGAACGUGAAGUUUUUAGAAGUGCUCUUGUUAACAUCAUUAUGCAGCAAGACACUGAUGUAGACCAGACUGUAUUGGAUGAAGCACAAGGAGGACCAUCCACUAUAGAGAAAGACAUUUUGCGGUACUACUAUUAUAUCCACCAUGGGAUUGAUACAGAACAUGUAGCUCCAAUGGAAGACUCGUGGCUAGAACAUGUCUUGAAUUUAGUCCCCAAACACCUGAAAGUACUUACUGACAGAAUACUCGUACUGUCAGAUGAAAUGAGAGAAGACUAUCUUCUCAGUGUAAAGAAAUCCAUCGUUGACUUUGUUUUAAGAGAUCCCAGGGAAAAAGAAGAAGACAAAAAGAAAGAGGAGCUUCUACCCCAUCGUUUGGAGAUGGAAGUUUUGCCAAAACCUUGGAGGAAGUCUUUUUUGGCAGCACGUAAUUAUAUUAAAGAAAAUUUAAAUGCAAUGAACCCUACAAUGCUUGCUGUUCUAGAUCUAUGGCAGACUUCCUUUAAAAAAUUACGUUUAAUUGAUGUAGAAGAAUUUCAUAAUCGCCAGGAUGCAAUGGAGCUGUCACUCUUCCAGAACAUCGUCAUGAAACACAUGGAAUCUGCCAAAGAGACACUACUUAAAACGUGGUUUCCAGAAGUCCAAAAUAUUUAUUACCAAGGUAAUAAAAAAAAGCAGUUACCCACUGGUGGCAGCAGUGCAAAAUUAGAAUCUUUCUUCAACUGUGCUGCAACUUUGAUGACUGUACAGCUACAGAGCUUAGCCUUAGAAUCAAUGCAGGACUUUACAGAUUUAAUUGCACAAAGGCCGGAUUCUGUGAGAGCUUAUGAGCAUCCAGGCUUUAUUACAAGGCUGAUUCUUGAAGAAGAAGCAAUUAAGUUUGAACCUGAAUUUAAUGAUUAUCUAGCCAUUUUUCUAAAUAUUUAUGAUGUCAUGAUUAAGGCUGUCAGUCUUGUACCAAGAGUUGAAACCAAAUUGUAUGCCAAAUGGGAAAGUAAGUCCCAGUCAACUACCUUGAAGCCCAUAAUUCUGGAUGAAAUAUUAGAGGCACACCGACAAAAGAUUAGGGAUGUGAUUGCUGCUGAAAGUGUUGCACCCAUUGAGCAUCUGAAAUAUUAUGAUAAGUACGAUUUCUUGAUUAACAAACAAGCUGAACGUGAUAUUGAUAAAUAUCUUGAAGGAGAACAUGGUUAUGAGGAAACAAUAGCACUAGUUCGCAAAUACCAACAGUUAAGUGAUGAGAUACAGUACACAUCUAGAAAGGUCCUUCGUUUAGGAAUAUUUGAACUGCAUUGUGAAGAAUUAAUCAGAUCUUUAGCGAAACGAGCAGAUGUUAUUUGUUCAAGACUUAUAGCUAAAGUGUUCAAGGACCAUCAAGAGUUAAAUAUGAAAUUAUGUGAGGAAUUUGAAAUGAUAGCAGAAAAGGCUCUUAGUACACCUCCAAAUACAGCACAACUAAUGGAAUUAAAGGCUUACAUAAAGAAAGUGGAGACAGUCGAUAUGAUUGAAAUGGCACAAAGAUUGGUCGAUGCCAAAAACUGCCUUGCUUUUCUAAUAGAAUGUACCAACUUCUCUCCAGCGGAUAUUCGACUAAAUAAUAAUGUUUUUCAAUGGUAUGGGAGAAUGGGAGAGAUUUUUGAAGAACACAGAAAAAUAGUGAAAGAUAAAACAGAACAAUACCAAGAUGGACUUAAGUUACGAUGUGAACGAUUUGUUGAGGAACUCGAGAGUUACGCCAAGCAAGUAGAAGAAUUUUACACAUUUGGAGAUAUUCAAGAUAUUAAUCGAUAUCUCAAAAAAGCUCAAGCACUGAAUACAAAAUUGGAUUUAGCAGCAGAAAAGAUUGAGCAGUUUAAUGCAGAAGAAGAGGCAUUUGGCUGGCCACCCUCUAAUUAUCCACAGCGUAAAAAAAUCCAAGAUACUUUGAACCCUUAUCUUCGUCUCUAUGAUAUGGCUGUAGAAUUUAGCAACAAAUUUAGAGUUUGGACAGAGGGACCAUAUAACAAGGUGAAUCCUGACCAAGUAGAAGCAGAUGUAGGGAACUACUGGAGAGCACUAUAUAAGUUAGAAAAAAGCUUUAGUGAUUCUCCAAAUGCAUUAGCAAUUACCAAAAAGGUAAAAGCAAAAGUUGAAGAUUUCAAGGAGCACGUUCCCCUGGUUCAGGUGAUUUGCAAUCCUGGUUUGCGGGCGCGACAUUGGGAAGCCAUGUCUGAAGUUGUUGGCUUUGUCCUAAAACCAGCAGAAGAUGCAACUGUUUCUUCAUUUAUAGAACUGGAUCUUGAACCUUACUUGGACAAAUUUGAAGUUAUUAGUGAAGCAGCUAGUAAAGAACAUUCACUUGAAAAGAACAUGGAGAAGAUGAUUAGUGAAUGGGAUGCAAUGGAAUUUUCCAUUCUGCCUUACAGAGAAAGUGGGACAUAUAUUGUGUCAGCAGUGGAUGAAAUUCAGAUGUUAUUGGAUGACCAUAUUGUUAAAUCACAGACUAUGCGAGGUUCUCCAUUCAUUAAGCCUUAUGAAAAAGAAAUGAGAGAAUGGGAAAGUAAACUCUUACUGCUUCAGGAAAUUCUGGAUGAAUGGCUAAAGGUUCAGGCAACCUGGCUAUACUUGGAGCCAAUUUUUAGCUCUCCUGAUAUUAUGGCUCAAAUGCCUGAGGAAGGUAGAAGAUUUACUACAGUAGAUAAGACAUGGAGAGAACUGAUGAAAAUUGUCAUUCAAGUAAGCAAAUUAUCUGAAUACGUACAACCUCACUUAAAAAAAUGUUUUGAAGGAAUUGCCUCUGUAGAAUUCACUGAAAAUUUAGAGAUAACUCACAUGAAGAGUAGUGAAGGAGAAAUUGUAGGACUUGUAGACACAAUUUCCACAGUCAAAGCUAGAGGUCAAGUGGAAAAGUGGUUGGUUGAAUUAGAGGCAUCUAUGCUAAAAUCUCUACAUAAGGUAAUUAAAGAAGCAAUUGAUGCCUAUCCCAAAAAUGAACGUAUUCAAUGGGUAAGAGAAUGGCCCGGACAAACAGUUCUUUGUGUAUCUCAGGUCUAUUGGACAUUGGAAGUGCAAACAGCUAUUCGAAGUGGGAUGGAGGCUCUUGAGAAUUACCUAAAACAGAGUUCUAGGCAAAUUGAUGACAUUGUCACUUUAGUUCGUGGAAAAUUGUCCAAGCAGAAUCGAGUGACCCUUGGAGCAUUGGUGGUGCUUGAUGUUCAUGCUAGAGAUGUUCUUGCAGUUCUUGUGAGCAAGGAAGUCAGUGAUGAUAGUGACUUUGAAUGGUUAAGUCAGCUUAGGUACUACUGGCUUGAGGAACAUUUGGAAACAAAGAUGAUCAAUGCGGGUUUACGAUAUGGAUAUGAAUACCUAGGUAAUACUCCUCGUCUGGUUAUUACUCCACUUACAGAUAGAUGCUACAGAACUUUAUUUGGAGCCCUUCACCUUCAUCUUGGAGGAGCUCCUGAAGGUCCAGCUGGUACUGGGAAGACAGAAACCACCAAAGAUUUAGCAAAGGCUGUAGCAAAACAAUGUGUUGUCUUCAAUUGUUCUGAUGGAUUGGAUUAUCUGGCUUUGGGGAAAUUCUUUAAGGGACUGUUGUCUUGUGGAGCCUGGGCUUGCUUUGAUGAGUUUAAUAGAAUUGAUUUGGAAGUACUUUCUGUGGUUGCUCAACAAAUUCUUACCAUCCAAAGAGGUAUUAAUGCAGGCAGUGAUAUACUAAUGUUUGAAGGAACUGAACUAAAACUUGACCCAACUUGUGCUGUUUUUAUAACCAUGAACCCAGGAUAUGCUGGGCGUUCAGAAUUACCAGAUAAUCUGAAGGCUCUCUUUAGAACAGUAGCAAUGAUGGUGCCUGACUAUGCCAUGAUUGCAGAAAUCGUCCUUUAUUCCUGUGGUUUUGUUACUGCUCGACCCCUAUCAGUGAAAAUUGUAGCUACUUAUCGUUUGUGUUCAGAGCAAUUGUCAUCUCAACACCAUUAUGACUAUGGAAUGAGAGCGGUGAAGUCAGUGCUUACUGCUGCUGGUAAUCUGAAGCUAAAAUAUCCAAAUGAAAAUGAAGAAAUUUUGCUGUUUAGAUCCAUCAUAGAUGUGAACCUGCCAAAAUUUUUGUCCCAUGAUCUACCACUUUUUGAGGGAAUUACUUCAGAUUUGUUUCCUGGAGUAAAGUUGCCUAAACCAGAUUACAAUGAUUUAUUGGCAGCUAUUAAAGAUAAUUGUGAUACAAUGAAUUUACAAAUGACCAAAUUCUUUUCUGAGAAGAUCCUACAAGUAUUCGAAAUGAUGAUUGUACGCCAUGGUUUUAUGAUUGUUGGAGAGCCCUUUGGAGGAAAGACAAGUUCAUAUCGAGUUUUAGCUGGUGCCUUGAAUGAUAUUUGUGAAAAGGGAUUGAUGGAAGAAAACAAGGUUCAAAUUACUGUUAUAAAUCCCAAGUCAAUAACUAUGGGUCAGCUAUAUGGACAAUUUGACUUAGUAUCUCAUGAAUGGUCAGAUGGUAUCCUAGCAGUAAGCUUUAGAACAUUUGCUUCUUCACAGUCUCCAGAUAGAAAAUGGUUGAUUUUUGACGGACCUGUAGAUGCAGUUUGGAUUGAGAAUAUGAACACUGUUUUGGAUGAUAAUAAAAAGCUAUGUCUAAUGAGUGGAGAGAUCAUCCAAAUGUCAGCAUCAAUGAGCCUAAUUUUUGAACCAAUGGAUUUAGAAGUGGCUUCACCUGCUACAGUUUCUAGAUGUGGUAUGAUUUAUAUGGAGCCUCACAUAUUAGGCUGGAGACCACUGAUGUUAUCUUGGCUAAAUAUUUUACCUGCUGGUAUCGGUUCUCUUCAUAAAGAAUUUAUAGCAUCCUUAUUUGACAGAAUGGUCCCAGUUGCUGUUGAAUUUGUUAGAAAACAUACAAAGGAAUUGUCUCCUACAUCAGAUACAAACUUAGUUCGUUCUUUAAUGAAUCUAAUGGACUGCCUGCUGGAUGAUUUUGGUGAUGAAACAAAAUAUAAGGCCAGAGGUGAUGGUGAAAUUUAUUCUGUGCUUGAGGGGGUUUUUCUGUUUUCAUUGACCUGGUCUCUUGGAGCUACUUGUAAAGAGGAUGACAGGUUGAGAUUUGAUGCAAUUGUUAAAGAAUUAAUGAAUGGACCAAUUUCAGAUGAAACCAGAAGUAAAUACAAACUCCUGAGUGGUACCGAAAAGAUGGCUGUAAAAACUUUAUCUAUCCCAUUUCCCAAAGAAGGAACAAUUUAUGAAUAUCAAUUCAUCAGUGAGGGCACAGGACGAUGGGAAGCAUGGGUAGAGAGACUGGCAUUAGCCCCUCCUAUUCCUCGAGAUGUGAUGUUUAAUGAAAUCAUUGUGCCAACUCUGGAUACAAUUAGAUAUUCUACGUUAAUGAGUUUGCUGACUACACAUCAGAAACCUUCAAUAUUUGUGGGACCAACAGGAACUGGGAAGAGUGUGUACAUCAUUAAUUUUCUUUUAAAUAACUUGAACAAAGAGAUCUAUAAACCUCUGCUAAUUAACUUCUCAGCACAGACUACAGCAGCUCAAACUCAGAACAUUAUCAUGUCAAAGCUAGACAAAAGGCGAAAGGGAGUUUUUGGACCUCCUGUGGGCAAAAAAAUGGUUGUCUUUGUGGAUGAUGUAAACAUGCCAGCCCGGGAAGUAUAUGGUGCUCAGCCACCAGUUGAAUUACUUCGCCAGUGGUUAGAUCAUUGGAAUUGGUAUGAUCUUAAAGAUUGUUCCAUGAUUAAACUUGUGGAUAUUCAAAUCAUGUGUGCUAUGGGACCUCCAGGUGGUGGGAGAAACCCAGUCACUCCUCGAUAUAUGCGGCAUUUUAAUAUUAUCACCAUCAAUGAAUUUGAUGAUAAUGCCAUGUAUACGAUUUUCUCUAGAAUCUUAAACUGGCAUUUCAAUAUUUGCUACCCCUUCCCAUCAGAGUUUUCAACCUUGACUGACAACAUUGUCAAUAGUACUAUGACUGUGUAUAAGGAAGCAAUGAAGAAUCUUUUACCAACUCCAGCUAAAUCACACUACCUGUUCAACCUCCGUGAUUUCUCUCGAGUCAUUCAGGGUGUUUGUUUGUCAAGACCUGAAACCGCAGAAAGCCAAGGAACAAUUAAACGCCUUUGGGUACAUGAGGUACUUAGAGUAUAUUAUGAUCGUCUACUUGAUAAUACAGAUAGAGCUUGGCUUGUGGGUUAUAUCGAGGAAAUGAUGCAAGAAUACAUGAAUGAAAAUUUUCAUCAACUUUUUAAAGCCUUGGACUUCAAUGAAGAUGGAAUAGUGGAAGAAGAUGACUUACGCAGUUUAAUGUUUUGCGAUUUCCAUGAUCCCAGAAGGGAAGACACUAACUACAGAGAAAUCAGUGAUGUAGAUGGUCUGCGAGUUGUGGUUGAAGGUCAUCUGGAUGAAUAUAAUUCUAUGACUAAGAAAACUAUGCAGCUGGUAUUGUUUCGGUUUGCCAUAGAACAUAUAAGCAGAAUUUCCAGGAUCCUUAAGCAACCUCGAAGUCAUGCUCUUCUGGUUGGUGUUGGAGGCAGUGGUAGACAGUCAGUUACCCGACUAGCUGCCCAUAUGGCUGAUUAUACACUUUUCCAGGUUGAAAUAUCCAAAAGCUAUGGUUCUUAUGAAUGGCGUGAAGAUUUAAAACUCAUCUUAAGGAAAUCCUCUGAAGGAGAGAUGCAGGGUGUUUUCUUGUUUACAGAUACCCAGAUUAAAAGGGAAUCAUUUCUGGAAGAUAUUAACAACUUGCUAAAUGCAGGAGAAGUUCCAAAUCUUUUUGCAGUAGAUGAAAAGCAAGAAAUAUGUGAAAAAAUGCGUCUGAUAGAUCGCCAGAGGGAUAGAACAAAACAAACAGAUGGUAGCCCCAUAGCUCUAUUUAACAUGUUCAUUGAUCGCUGUCGAGAUCAACUCCACGUGGUCCUAGCCAUGAGUCCAAUUGGAGAUGCAUUUCGUAAUCGUCUAAGAAAAUUUCCAGCUCUUGUUAACUGUUGCACCAUUGAUUGGUUUCAGACAUGGCCUGAAGAUGCACUACAAGCAGUUGCUUCACGCUUCUUACAAGAUAUUGAAAUGUCAGAUGAAACACGAGAUGGCUGUAUUGAUAUGUGUAAAAGCUUCCAUACAUCCACUAUUGAUUUAUCUCGUUCCUUCCAUACUGAACUUCAAAGGCACAACUAUGUGACUCCUACUUCUUAUCUUGAAUUAAUUUCUACUUUCAAAGUUUUACUGGAAAAGAAAAGGAAUGAAGUAAUGAAAAUGAAAAAACGGUAUGAGGUGGGAUUAGAGAAACUGGACUCUGCCGCAUCACAAGUGGCCACAAUGCAGUUUGAAUUGGAAGCUCUGCAGCCUCAGUUAAGAGUGGCUAGUAAGAAAGUUGAUGAGAUGAUGGUAAUCAUUGAGAAAGAGUCCAUAGAAGUUGCCAAAACUGAAAAAAUUGUGAAAGCUGAUGAAGCUGUAGCAAAUGAGCAAGCUAUGGCUGCAAAAGCAAUCAAGGAUGAAUGCGAUGCUGAUCUAGCAGAAGCCUUGCCAAUUUUGGAAUCAGCUCUCUCUGCCCUUGACACUCUUACAGCCCAGGAUAUUACAGUGGUAAAAUCCAUGAAGAGUCCACCUGCUGGUGUCAAGAUUGUUAUGGAAGCUAUAUGUAUCUUGAAAGGGAUCAAAGCGGAUAAAAUUCCUGAUCCGUCAGGCUCAGGAAAAAAAAUAGAGGACUUCUGGGGGCCAGCUAAAAGAUUGCUUGGUGACAUUAGAUUUCUGCAGUCACUUCAUGAAUAUGACAAGGACAAUAUACCUCCAGCAUAUAUGAAUAUCAUCAGGAAAAAUUAUCUGCCAAAUCCGGACUUUGUUCCAGAAAAGAUUAGAAAUGCUUCCACGGCAGCAGAAGGUCUGUGCAAAUGGGUUAUAGCAAUGGAUUCCUAUGAUAAAGUAGCAAAAGUUGUUGCACCCAAAAAGAUCAAGCUGGCUGCGGCUGAAGGGGAACUGAAAGUUGCUAUGGAUGGUCUUAGAAAGAAGCAAGCAGCCCUUAAAGAGGUGCAGGAUAAGUUGGCCAAACUUGAAGAUACACUUGAAUUAAACAAACAAAAAAAGGCUGACUUAGAAAAUCAGGUUGACUUGUGCAGCAAAAAACUUGAGCGAGCUGAGCAAUUGAUUGGAGGCCUUGGAGGGGAGAAAACUCGAUGGAGUCAAAGUGCUUUAGAGCUAGGACAGUUGUAUAUCAAUUUGACUGGUGAUAUCCUCAUUUCAUCAGGAAUUGUGGCUUACCUGGGAGCCUUUACAUCAAGUUAUCGACAGAACCAAACUGAUGAGUGGACAUUGUCGUGCAAAGAAAGAGACAUACCCUGCUCAGAUGAUUAUUCUCUUACAAGCACAUUGGGAGAACCUGUUAAAAUACGAGCUUGGAACAUUGCUGGCUUACCCUCAGAUUCCUUCUCCGUUGAUAAUGGCAUCAUCAUUAUGAAUGCAAGGAGAUGGCCUCUGAUGAUAGAUCCUCAAGGUCAAGCUAAUAAAUGGGUAAAGAAUAUGGAAAAAACCAAUAGCCUUCACAUAAUUAAAUUAAGUGAUUCAGACUAUGUAAGGACCCUGGAAAAUUGCAUCCAGUUUGGUACGCCUGUAUUGCUGGAAAAUGUUGGGGAAGAACUAGAUCCUGUCCUCGAACCUCUUCUACUAAAGCAGACAUUUAAGCAGGGUGGGAGUGUAUGUAUCCGACUUGGUGACACUACAAUUGAAUAUGCACUUGACUUCCGCUUCUACAUUACAACUAAACUAAGAAAUCCACAUUAUCUUCCUGAAACAUCUGUUAAGGUCACAUUGCUGAACUUUAUGAUAACUCCUGAAGGAAUGCAAGAUCAGCUUCUUGGAAUUGUAGUAGCACGAGAGAGACCAGAUCUUGAAGAAGAAAAGCAAGCCUUGAUAUUACAGGGGGCUGAAAACAAAAGGCAAUUAAAAGAAAUAGAAGACAAGAUUUUAGAAGUUCUUUCAUCUUCAGAAGGCAACAUAUUAGAAGAUGAAACUGCUAUUAAGAUAUUAUCUUCCUCCAAGGCUUUAGCUAAUGAGAUUUCUGAGAAACAGGCAGUAGCUGAAGACACAGAGAAAAAGAUUGAUGCCACCCGUUUGGAAUACCGGCCAAUUGCCAUUCAUUCGUCAAUCCUCUUUUUCUCAAUAGCUGAUUUAGCUAACAUUGAACCCAUGUACCAGUACUCACUCACUUGGUUUAUUAAUCUUUUUGUCCUGUCUAUAGAAAAUUCAGAGAAAUCUGAAAUUUUGCAAGUAAGGAUAAAAAUUCUCGAGGAUCACUUUACUUAUUCGUUAUAUGUUAAUGUCUGUCGCUCCCUCUUUGAAAAGGAUAAGCUGCUCUUUUCCUUUUGUCUAAAUAUAAAUCUCCUGAUGCAUGAGAAUUCGGUUAAUGAAGAGGAAUGGAGGUUUCUGCUAACUGGUGGCAUUGGUCUGGACAAUCCUUUCCCCAACCCUUGUGUAUGGCUUCCCCAGAAAUCUUGGGAUGAAAUAUGUCGACUAGAUGACUUGCCAUACUUCAAAAGCAUCCGUCACGAGUUUAUGACAUUGAAAGAUGGAUGGAAAAAUGUAUAUGAUAGCUUGGAGCCGCACCAUGAGCCCUUUCCUGACCACUGGGAAGAAGAAGUAAAUGAGUUUCAAAGAAUGCUUAUUAUUCGCUGUCUGAGAUCUGACAAGGUUAUUCCAAUGAUACAAGAAUUUAUAAUUAACCACUUGGGACGUCCAUUUAUUGAGCCACCACCAUUUGAUCUGUCCAAGGCAUUUGGAGAUAGUAACUGCUGUGCACCACUGAUUUUUGUGCUCUCUCCUGGUUCUGAUCCUAUGGCAGCCCUUCUCAAAUUUGCUGAUGAUCAGGGAUAUGGAGGAUCCAAACUCAGCUCCUUAUCUCUUGGUCAAGGCCAAGGACCUAUUGCUAUGAAGAUGAUAGAGAAAGCAAUCAAGGAAGGAUCCUGGGUUGUUCUUCAGAACUGCCAUCUGGCAACAUCUUGGAUGUCAACACUGGAGAAAGUUUGUGAGGACCUAAGUCCAGAAACAACCCAUCCAGAUUUCCGAAUUUGGCUAACAAGCUACCCUUCUCCAAAUUUCCCUGUGUCUGUGCUUCAGAAUGGAGUAAAAAUGACUAAUGAAGCACCCAAAGGUUUACGAGCUAAUAUUGUUCGAUCAUACUUGAUGGACCCUAUCUCCGACCCUGAGUUUUUUGGCGGUUGCAAAAAGCCUGAAGAAUUCAAAAAAUUGCUCUACGGCCUCUGUUUUUUCCAUGCGUUAGUUCAAGAAAGACGAAAAUUUGGGCCUCUGGGAUGGAAUAUUCCUUAUGAGUUUAAUGAGACUGACCUGAGAAUCAGUGUACAGCAGCUCAACAUGUUUCUGAACCAGUAUGAGGAACUUCCCUACGAUGCAAUCCGAUAUAUGACUGGCGAAUGCAAUUAUGGAGGCAGAGUUACUGAUGACUGGGACCGACGUACAUUGCGCAGCAUUUUAAAUAAAUUCUACAAUUCACAAAUAGUUUUAGAUCCAGACUAUAAAUUUGACUCUAGUGGUAUCUAUUAUGCUCCUCCUAGUGGUGAUUACAAUAGCUACAUUGAGUACACAAAGCAAUUGCCCUUGAAUCCUGCCCCAGAGAUCUUUGGGAUGAAUGCUAAUGCUGAUAUCACUAAAGAUCAGUCAGAAACUCAACUGCUAUUUGAUAAUAUUCUUCUUACACUGUCUCGUGCUUCAGGUGCUGGUGCGAAAUCAUCAGAUGAAGUAGUAAAUGAUGUGGCUGGUGACAUUUUGGGCAAACUUCCAGCAAAUUUUGACAUUGAAGCUGCAAUGAGGAGAUACCCAACAGCUUACACACAAAGUAUGAACACCGUGCUUGUCCAAGAAAUGGGGAGGUUUAAUAAAUUAUUACACACCAUAAGAGAAUCAUGUAUUAACAUCCAGAAAGCCAUCAAGGGACUCGUUGUAAUGUCUUCAGAUCUGGAGGAGGUUGCAAAAAGCAUUCUGAUAGGCAAAAUUCCAGGAAUGUGGAUGGGAAAAUCCUACCCAAGCCUCAAACCACUUGGCAGCUAUGUGAAUGAUUUCCUUGCCAGGUUAAAAUUCUUAGAGACGUGGUAUCAAACUGGAACUCCACCAACCUUUUGGCUCUCAGGUUUUUUCUUCACUCAAGCUUUUUUAACUGGAGCACAGCAGAACUUUGCAAGGAAAUAUACUAUCCCUAUUGACCUGCUUGGUUUUGACUACGAAGUUAUGGAUGACAAAGAAUAUAAGACAGCACCUGCAGAUGGUGUGUACAUUUACGGAUUGUUUCUAGAUGGAGCAUCCUGGAAUCGGAACAUCAAGAAAUUAGCAGAAUCUUAUCCCAAAAUCCUGUAUGAUACAGUUCCUGUGAUGUGGCUGAAGCCUUGUAAGCGGUCAGAAAUACCAGAACGGCCUAGUUACAUUGCCCCCGUCUAUAAAACAAGUGAGCGGAGAGGAACAUUAUCAACUACUGGCCAUUCUACUAACUUUGUGAUUGCAAUGAUUUUGCCUUCAGAUAAACCUCCAGAACACUGGAUUGGAAGGGGUGUGGCACUGCUUUGUCAGCUUAGUUCAUAG